AUGACAAUUGCAGUUGCAGGAGGGGAUGCUGCUGAGGGAGCAGAACUAACGCCGCGAGCUGGGGACGAUGGAACAGAUGCAGUAGAACUCGUCACAGCCAGAGGUAGUGGUGGUGCUGGAGCAGCAGCAACCGGUGGGGGUGCCGCAACAGAUGGCCGUGGAGUUGGAGCUAGGGCUGUUAGUGGCCGUGGAGUUGGAGUUGGGGCUGCUGGUGCGAGCGGAGUUGGAGCUCGGACCACUGGUGGCGGUGGAGUUGGAGUUGGGGCUACUGUUGCUGGCGGAGUUGGAGCUCGGACUGCUGCUGGUGCUGGCGGAGUUGGAGCUCGGACUGCUGCUGGUGCUGGCAGAGUUGGAGCUCGGACCGCUGCUGGUGGUGGAGUGGGUUCAGCAGGAGGAGGAGGAGCUAGCGGCCUCAAUGUAGGUCGAACCACAGGUUCAGGGGCAGGGGUUGGUACCGGGGCGGGUGCUGGGGCUGCUGCAGGAGCCGGGGCUGGUGCAGGAGCUGGGGUUGGUGCCGGGGCUGGCCGCACCAUGGAGCUUAGUCGAAACCAAGGACGAGUAGGUUGUGAUGCCAUAAUUAAUCACAAGGAAUAG